AUGCUAACAACUCGAAAGAUUGCUCUUGAUAAUGCAGACAGAUGUAGGAAACAAGAGCCUCUAGAUGUUUUCAGAACGGCAAAAUCCGAGAGUGAUGUUUCCAAUCUUGAUAACUAUAGAAAGGUGUCUUCAACCAUUGAAAAGAUACCCACCAACACUCCACUCGAGAUAAAAGUAGAACCACAGGAAAUGGAUACAAAGCUCGCUUUGGUAGAUCCACUCGAUAUAGCGACAGACAAUUCCCAGGGACUCAAAGCUCAUGAUAAUCGCCCUGAACUCGAUUUGAAGGACAAGAAGACACCAGAGAAUCAAGGUGAAUUGUUUGUACAUAUCAGUUACUAUGCCACUCAUCAAUCCUUGUAUCAAAGGCUUUUAUUGUAA